AAGUAUGAAUCGGGACUAGAGCCUGCUCGGCAGGACUUCCCGGAAGUGACAGCCGCAGAACGCAAUGCCGGCCAAGGCCCUCAACCGUACCAAGGGUCAUACGACCAUCAGUAUCCACAGGCUUACUACCCUCACUUACAGCAAGAGCAACAACACUACGAUUCACCGAUAACCCCUCCCAAGCACGAAGCGUCGCAACUAUCCCCAGCCCCUCCAUCGACAUACGGAGGCCAGACAGCCACCUCCCCCUUCAGCUCCUAUGUCCAGCCUGUGACGGCGCCAACAACAGCAGAGAGAGUCCCGAUAUCGGCCAGGAGGAUAUUCGGCUGCAGCUUCCUGGUCUUUGUCCUCUCGUGCAUCAUCGCACUGCUUGCAGCAGCCGCCAUCGGGCUAGCCGCAGCGACGGGCAUCGUAGCCCAGCGCGCCAAUAGUGCGAGCAGCAGUCUCGCUGCCGCACUCGAUCCGACCACGAUAACAGAAUCCGCCAUCGACGGCGGAUGCUUGAAUAACCCAGAGGGUGUCAACAAGACAGAGUACACGUCAUUCUCCCUACUCGGCGGGCUGAGAUUCACGCGCUAUUGCAACAGAGACGCCCCUCACGCUCCCCUGGUGUCCCUGUUCGCAGCCAACUUUGACACGUGCAUCGAUGCCUGUGCUGCCUACACGAGAUAUGUGCCCGUGAGUUUCGGCAACGUCGAAAACUCGACCUGCGAGGCCGUCAGCUUCAUCCCGGCGUGGACCAACAAGACGAGGGCCAAUGCCGGAGGGGCGCCGGGAAACUGUUAUCUCAAGGCUGGUCCGCAGGAUGAAGCACAAUUGACAACCCCGAAUAUUGGUGUCAAUUGCCACGCGGCGAUUCUAACCUCGAGUGAAUAA